AUGACCUCCUCCGUGGGAGCACGCCAGCGGGGAGUCCCGGGGGAAGCCCCGCGGGGAGCCGGGACCGCCGGGCGUGGGCGGUGGGCGGGCCCGGCGCCGCCCUCCCAGGUGGCGGCCCCGCCCCCGCAGCCGCCCGGAGGACACUUAGCGCCCGGGACGGGCCGCCCCCCGGCAGGUCGCGCCUCCUGCACCGCCGGCCUCUGGCGCCCCGUGCGCUCCGCACCCCGCAGCCCCGGGCGGCCGCGUCCCGACCUGGAAGUUGCGGGUUCCGUGAGCCGAGACCCGGUGUCCGAGGUCGCGAAGACCAGCCGAGUCCGAGGCUCGCGUGUGCCGCGGAGCCGAGUCCCCGCGCGGCCCCAGCUGGACGCCGCCCCCGCCCGAGGUCGCGGACACCCCGGCUCCCGGCGCGCACACACCUGCCUCGGGACGUCCCGGCGCGCAGACAUGCGGCCCGCCAAGCCUGGCGCCCUGCUGCCCCUCCUGCUCCUGCUCGCGCUGGCGUUGUCCCUGCCCGGGGCCCAGGCGAGGCCCCGGGGUCGCCCAGGAGCCCGUGCCACGGACCAGGAACCCCAGCCGUGGCCGUUUCUCCCCGCGGCCAGGGCCACCCGGAGCACAGAAAUGUUCCUAAAAGAUGCGACCUUAAAAGACAAAUUAAUAAAGCAUUUCACAGGGCCAAUCACGUUUCCAGACGAAUGUAGCAUACAUUUCCAUCGACUGUAUCACAAUACCAGGGAUUGCUCAACGCCAGCUUAUUACAAGAGAUGUGCUAGAUUGCUUACAAGGCUGGCAGUGAGUCCCCUGUGCUCACAGACAAGACCUGCCCUAGGAGCAUUGCUUAAGAAUACAAAUACAACUUGAAGGAAAAAGUGCCUGGAAUCAUGCUCACUGUACAAAGAGGGGAAGCAUCUAAUUUUAUGCUGUAUUAAGAUGAAAAUCUCAUCUUAGAUUUUACAGAAAUAAUUGAUUAGUUGUGUCCUUCCGUACAACAAAGUCUUUCUUGGUUUAUCUUUGGGUAUAGAGUAAUUUGAAAUGUUUUAAAACAAUGCUUAAAUCACACAACGUAAAUAGAAUAUUAAAAAGUAUGCUAUUCUUUUAUUUUUAUUAUAUUAUUUUCUUAUAUGGUUAAUAUUCCAUAUAGGUAUGAAUUAAAUAUUUAAUUAUGUAAAUUAUGUCUCAGGGUACUGGUAAGAAAUGAUUUAAGUAAUAUAUUUUUUUGAAUAAUCCUGUAUGAAGUCCACUUUUACAAUUCUUUUAAAUAAUAUUUAAAUACACCCAUUCAGAUUUGUCUUUAAUUGCACUAAUUGGAAAUAUGAAUUCUAUUAAAACUGAAAUAUAAAAGA